UGGUAUCACGUCAUUGCUUAUCAGCAAAUCACAAAUUCACUGCACGUCCGUAUGUAACUUAAUCCCAUAACGAUUACCGUACCUGUAUGGUUUUUUAACCAAAGAAACAUUAACAUGUUGUUGAUGGUUUUAAAAGGAAGCCAUGCAUUCGGCAAUAGCAGCAACAAAGAAACAGAUAUCAGUGAACUCUACACACACACGCACACAGAGACAGAGAGAGAAUGGCGAACGAAGAAGAAGCCAUGUUACGCGGCCAAGCAGAAAUAUGGCAAUGCAUGUAUCAUUUUGUGGACUCAAUUGCUUUGAAGUGUGCUUUGGAUCUUGGUAUAGCAGACAUCAUCCAAGCACGCAGCUGCCCCAUCACCUUAUCCCAAAUCGCCAACGACGUUGCCUCCUCACCAUCUCUAGACAUCGCUCGCCUCUCCCGCCUCAUGAGAUUCUUAGUCCACAAAAAAAUCUUCGACGCCACAAAUCCCCAAUCAGAUUCGGAUUCAGAAGAAGAGACUCUCUACAGCCUCAACCACUGCUCUAAAUGGCUUUUACGCGACACACAAGAACUAAGCCUUGCCCCUUUGAUUUGCUUAUUGCGAUACCAUCCAUUGCUAACUGCACCAUAUAAAUUCCUCUCCAGAUCUAUACAAGAGGGUGGGAAUGCAUUCCAUAUGGCCCAUGGGCGUGAGUUGUGGGACUUUGCAUCGGUCGAUCCAGAGCUCAACAAAGUCUUCAAUGAUGGCAUGGAAUGUACUGCUAGGAUCACGAUCAAGGCUUUGAUAUCCGAAUAUAAACAUGGGCUUGAUUGCAUUGGAUCUCUAGUCGAUGUUGGUUGUGGCACUGGGGGUUCCAUUGCUGAGAUUGUGAAAGCAUACCCGCAUGUCAAAGGAACCAACUUUGAUUUGCCACACGUUGUUGCCACCGCACCACCGUGCCCUGGAGUUAACCACGUUGGGGGUGACAUGUUUAGUAACAUUCCAACAACAGAUGCAAUCUUCAUGAAGUGGAUCCUACACAACUGGAGUGACGAAGAUUGUGUCAAGAUAUUGAGAAACUGCAGAAAAGCAAUACCAGAGAAAACUGGAAAGAUUAUUAUAGUUGAUACAGUUUUGCAACCUGGUGGCAGUGGCUUAUUUGACAACAUAGGCAUGGCACUGGACCUAGUGAUGCUCACAUUCUUUGGAGGUGGGAAGGAGAGGAAUGAGCUUGAAUGGAAAAAGAUACUAAAUGAAGGAGGAUUCGUGCGUUACAAUAUCAUCAAAAUUCCAACUUUACAGUCAAUUAUCGAGGCAUAUCCAAAGUAACUGGUAACUGAUGUGUUUCAAAUUCAAUAAGAGUAAUAUUAGAGAUUCCAAAUGUUAUACUAACAUUUCUACCAAAUGUGGAUGUGAGAUCCCACACACGUUGGUAAAACAUAUCUCACACCCAUAUGAGACAUUUGGUAAAAAUAUUGGUAAAACAUUUGGAAUACCUAGCAUUUUUCAUUCAAUAAUGAGUUAGGAACAAUAACCAAUGUUCCAACAAACAUGCAGAUUAGGCAAAAUAUUAAGUGGACCCCACAGAAGCAGCAGAACCAACAUGCUAUGCUUAUUGGUAACUUUGUUAGUGCUCUUAGUAUUAAUGAUUGUCCCUAGAUAAUAUGUAUUCCAACCCAAACUAAAUCCUAUUAUCUCUUCUAAUAUGUUUUGGCAAAGUUUCCAUCGAUUGAUCUAAUAAUUUUUUAGGGAACAACUACUUCCAUUUGUAUGAUUUACAUGUAAGAAUAUAGAUAGAUAGAUAUGCUAUGCUAAAUAGUUCAUUCAAGGUAAUCGCCAAUGAUGAACUAAAAAGAAUCUCUUAAAUGUACAA